AUGCUACGGGUGGGUUUUCUUUUAAGGUGUGUUGGGAAGGAACUUGCUGUUGUAACGGGGCUCACAGAUGCUGCUUUGUUAAAUAAAGUUCUUUCCCCAACUAUUCAACCUACGGAACUUGCUUCCAUAGCGGCUGAAACGGCAGCCAUGGUUCAACGUCUGACUCUUUCUCGGACAGUUAUGUUACUUGAACUUUAUUCACAUCAUGGAGUUCGUCAUGAACAGUUAUUUUUUAAUGGUUUGUGGAAAGUAUUCAAGGCGGAUCGACCUUUAGUGACAUGUGAGGAAGAUAAAAUAGUGCUACAAGCCUUUGCCGCUUCUACUGCAAAUGCGUUUAAACUUAUGUGUAAGGAGGGAUUUUUGCAUGAUUCUCAAUUAUUAGCUAUUGCAUUGGGACGAUGUAUUGAGUGUGCUCCAUUUCUACCAUUUAAUAGUGUUGUCGAUGUUUACGAAGGUAUGAAGUUGUUUGAUCGGAAGUAUUUUACACUUGCUGAAGUAGCAUUACAAGCAGAAGAGAGAAAUGAAAAUGAAUUACAUAACUCCAGUGAAAGUUCUACCACUCUUCUCUCGAGUCAACCUAAUGUGGUGGAUGUUCUUUGUUGUGAGUUAGAGUUACGUUUAAAAGUAAAUGGGGAUGAGGGAUGUAAUAGUUCCCCUACAGAUAUCACACGCCUUGUGCAAUCACUUGCUGUUGUCGGAGUAACGGACGCUAGUAGCCUUUCAGCUCUCCGCAAAGUGAUGGAACCAAUAACACUACCUAUUGAAGUUGCUUUAAAUAUAUUGGAGGGUAUUCAUGCCAUUCACAAACGUGUGGUGGAUGUAUUAGAUCAUGAAGUAGAUGAUGAUUGGAUGCGGAGUGAGCGAUCCAUACUUGUCCAGAUGUUAACUGGUAAACUCAUCUCACAAAAGGUAUUUUCUUCUUCUUCUUCACCUGAUCCACAAAUAAUUUUGGGUUUUCGUCGGUUAUUUGAAACUUACCCUUCCCUCGCUGAGAGUGUUCCUCAACUCUGGGAUGCUGUUCGAACUGUUCGUCUCUCACACAAGCAGGUGGUCUCCCAGAGAGAGAAGAUACACCGACCGAGUGAUGGAUUGUUUGCACAGAAGUAUAACGUAAAGGUGAAGCCUAUCACAGAGGAUGCCUCCGAAGCAGAGAGACGUGUACCACCGCAGUUUAAGACUUGGCGUGGACCUACUGUUAAGAAUCAACGGCGAAAAGGACAGGGGACACCACAGAAAAUGGGAUUUGGUACUCGUCGUAUUUCAAAGAAUUACAUAAAAAUGAAACGGAAAAAAUUUACUCCAGCUGUAUGCUGA